UCCGUCCAUAUCGCUCGCAUCCACAGCGUGGCGGUGGAUGGCCAGUUUUAAUAUGAUUUUGAAAAUAUUACCCUUUUCAGUAGGCGCAAAACGCUCGUUCGAAACGGUUCACACAUUGGUGCAAACAAGCUAACAGUAGUGUUGUUCGGUUUGGUGCGAUAUCGUCCGGUCGUCGAUCGAUCGAUUAGGGCAAGUGCAGGCACAAAACGCAUCGCUCCCCAACGGGCUACGGUGAACUGAUACCGAUAGAUAGCCAAGAUGUACGGUGAAUAGUGCACAGCACGGGGACUAGUUUCCCUCCAGUGACAGAACACACACAGUGACAAACCCGAAACCAUCGUGCGCGGUAGUGUUACGAUACGAUCGAUACGUUGUGCGAGGAUCAAAGCUCCCUAAAACAGUGCAACAAAGAAAGCGCCCAUAGACAAAGAGAGGCUUUUGUUUUCCGCUUUAAAAUAGAAACAAUUCAACUGCUGCCACGUGUGUGUGUGUACGUGUAUGUGUGGUCAAUGUUCUGCACCCUCACGGCGCUCGUUCUGCAGCUGUACAAGACGAAAACUCAGCGAACGAUCCAUCACUGUCAGCGGCCAAUCACGUUCCGCCAUGGAUUACAUCGGACGUACAAUGAACAUUUGUUUAAUUCUUUUCAUGAUAUCCAUUACCGGCAGCCAUUGCCAGUACUUCAGCAACCGUGAUAUCAUUCUAACGCCCCACCAGCUGAAGACGCACCCGGGCAAGGUUCUUUACUAUCGACCGCGUGAGCAGGUUCCGUCCGACGAGAAGCCCAACGCGACCGGCGGCAAUGGUAACGCGGUGCCCUGGGAAGAAGUGUUAAAAGAAACCGUUUUCCUAGCGCUGAAUGAUAACAAGACGAGCCUUCAGCAACAAUCUUCUGGAAGCACUGAAAAUGCACCGCUCCUAGCGAACCGGCAGCAGAAGGCGAUCUACAAUGCACCGUACAUCGGGUCAGUCGAUCUGGCCGUUCCCCGCUUUGGUGACAUCGUCGAGUUGGCGCACGGUCGCCUGGAGCAGGACGCCACCGCCGCCGACGAUUCGUACUUUUUCGUCCAGCAGCAGGACGGUAAGCCGGAGGAGCCGCAGCGCAACGUGACCGCCCUGUGGAAGGUGGAACGGAUUCGGCAUCGUGACGAUCAGCGCGGACAUCGGUAUGAGCUGAAGUUCACGGUGGCACAGCCGUCGAAACAGGCUACGACGACGGCCAGCGAAUCGACCGCCACUCCGCUGGAAGGUGAACAGGAACAGGGAGGAGCAGCCGCAAGCAAUCGCACCUACAUCAUCCGUGACGAGGACUACCCGCGGUACUUUGGACAGCUGAUCAACUCCCCGAACGCCAUUCCGAUGCACCGGAAGAACGAUCAGAUGUUCGAUCGUACCUUCUUCGACAUGGUCCAAUCGCAGGCUCCUCCCCAUCCGCAGCCGCACCACCAGUUCGGUUCGUUCGCUCCGGCCACACGCUUCUACCGACCGGCCGUCGUGCAGCAGGCACAGCAAACCAUGACCGUCGGGCAGUAUUUGCUGCAAUCGCUGCUGUCCGGUGGCGAGGCGCCCAAGUAUCACCACCAUCAUCAUCACUUUGUCCCCGGCAAGAUGGCGGCCAGCCCCGCGUACUACGGAGGGCUAGCGGCGGCCACGAGCAAUCGCAUCAAGUUCCCCGAUUCCUUUACCGGCUCCAGCCACUCGGUGCCCAAGUUCUACCAGCACAUCCACUUCCAGCGUCCCUCGAUCGCUCCCCUAGCACCGACGGCCCUUCCGGGCAGCUAUCUGUUCCACCAUCCGAAGGACUCGCAUGCCCCGGCCCCGAGCAACAUCCAUCACGACUACACCAAGCUGGUCGAUCUGCGCGGUGCGACGACAGCGACGGGGCACGAUUCCGUCGAGGCGAAGCCUACAACCACCGUCAAAGCGAAUGCCGCCCAGCAGCAGAAGCACUCGUCGCCUUCGCCGAACCUGAUACAGCAAUCGUUCCAGGCUCAGAAGACGUCGCCCAAGCCCCAGCAGUUCCCUACGCAGCAGCAGCAGCAGCAGUUCCACCAGCAGGUGGCAACGAUUUCCACUGCAACCGGACCGCAGCAGCAGCAGCAGCAGCAGCAAACGGGCUCGGGACAGGCUCCGAACGGCCCUACCGCACAACAGUUCCCACCGCAACAGCACCUCCUCUACCGGCCACAGAAGACGACGACGCUCGGCGGAGGGCCCACGUCCUCGUCCUCCCCAACGGUGACCGCGCAGCAUCAUCGCUACAACACGCCGAACGUGCAGCUGAGCGGCCCCUCGAUUAGCCCUACGCCCGCCCACCGCCACCGGUACUCCACCGCCAGCGGAGGAGCGACGGGUGCCGGCGGCACCAGAUCGUCCCCAUCAUCGUCCUCCUCCUCCUCCCCCUCCUCCUCCUCCUCCUCCUCCGCUAGCUCACCGUCACCGACCUCGGCCACGCGCUCCAGCUCCCGCUACACGUCCGCGGUCGGUCAGGUCAGUGGUCCGACGGUCAGCUCGACCGUGGCCAACCAUCGCUACGCACCCCUGCCAACGGUCCCGGCUUCGCCCGCUGGUCUACGGGAGAAAUUCACCGCUGCGGCGUUCCAACCAUCCGCCAGCGAGUCCAAGCAGACAACCCGCAAGCUGGAAUCGCCGACGUCCAAGGUCAACAACAACAACAACAACAACAACCAGGCCGGAGUCACCGAUACCGUCGGAAGCCCGUCCAAUGCCGUUUCACCCAAAUAUGAAUCAUUUGGUGUCGAGAACGCCGUCACGCCAACGCCACCCGCCGAAUCCUUGCUCUCUGCCGCCACGCCCACCGCCAGCAGCUUGUCACAGAUUCACCACUCCCCCACCGCUUCGCCCGCUUCCCGCACCACCCUCGCCGGAGGUCCCGGUGCCUUCAGCUACAGCAACUUUGUCGACGCCUCGGGUGCCGUCAGUGUCACCGCGAAGCUAACCUCCGAGCAGACGUCCUCCUCACCGCACCACCGCACUAGCAGCAGCAGCAGCAGCAGCGCCAGUACGGCAUCGCUUGCGUCUUCUUCUUCCGGCUCUUCUGCAGGUUCGCCUUCUCCCACUACGCCCAUUUCCAUCACCACGCAGGCCACCUACGUGGCGCCGCCCAAGUCCUACAUCCAGCAGCUAGGCCCCACGAUCGGUGUGAAGUAUCCGCCCGCCUUCAAGAGCAUGCCCUCGGUGACGAUCCUGCCGCCACAGAUUGAGACCCCCAUCGCGUCCACCCUCAAGACCUACCAGUAUCUGAACCACCACGACACGUACGACUUCAUUCCUUCGCGCGUCGUCGAGCUGGCGCACGUCAAAAAGAUGAACGGUCAAAAGCACGGUAAGCGCACCAAGACACAGAAGGGACAGAAGAAGCCCAACGGUCCAAUGGCUGGUCCGGCAGGAGCGGGAAUGGGUCCCAAUGGUAACCACCAUCAUCACGUUACGGUCACGAGCAGCAAGCCGCUGCGCUUCUACCCCGGAGAUGGACCGGAAUACGCCACGCACCGUCCCGAAGCUCAGCUCAGCGUUCAGCUGCCUCCGCCGGAGAAGGAUUACGCCAUGACCUAUUACGGAACGCCCAAGCACAACCAGAAAGUGCAGCGACCCAAGAACUUUGUCACACCGCUGCAUUCCUACCAGGGCACCUCGACUACACCGAUUCCGCCGCCGUCUGCCGUGACCGUCCCAUCAUCUUCGGCUCCUUCGGUAGUGUCUUCAGUGUCCUCGCCAGCCCCUGCAAGCGCUAGCACCACUUCCGCACCACCGCAACAGGUGACGGCACAGGGAGGCCGGAACGUAACCGUCUCGACGUUCCGUUCGGCCACUGCUUCCAGCACGGCCCAUUACUACAAGAACCGGAACGAAAAGUCGGACGAUCUGACCACCAUGGGCAUCACCACGAUGCGGCCCCGCAUGAUGCUCAAAACCAUCUACCGCCAGUUCCCGGGAUCGUUCGUGUCGACCUCGACGUCUACGUCCACGGAAAAGCCCGUCCAGAAGUGGGUACCGAAGCGACCGAGAACCAGCAGCAAAUCGACGAGCGGUGAGUUUUCCACGUCCACGCUUCCCUCUUCCUCGCUGCCGGUCAGUGGUGAACAGGCGGUUGCAUCGUCCGAACGCGCGAUUGACGUAGUCACUAAAACUCCAGUCGUGCCUGUCGUGCGGUCCAACCUCGAUCAGCAGAUGCAGCGCGUCCGUGCAUCGAGAGGACGCAGCCGAUACACGUACCGCAGAAUUCCGUCCGGCAAUCCGCCACCGAUCCCGACCGGUCAGCAGCAGCAGCAGCACCUAACUGGCAGCAGCAUGCGGACGAGCCGCAUGCGAAACAGCAACUUCAGCACCUCGACCACCACCAUCAAGCCCAUCCCCAGUGUAACCUCUUCCGUGUUUGACAGCAACCGCAUCGAUGGCCGCUCGUUCGAACAGCAGGAACGCAAGGCCGAAGAAAUGGUCAUGACGACGGCCACGGCCAAGAAUGAGUCGAAUGAAAAAAUCAAACGCGACACCAGUGAAGCCACGGACGACAACAAGGAAGAGACCGAUCGUACGACGGUAGCCGUAGCGGAGCAGCUCGUCGCCCAGCAGGCCGAACACAAGCAGGACGCGCUGGAGGUGACGGAGCCGGAAAAGGAGUUCGUUAUGGUGAAGGCCAACAUUUCGCCUCCGAUUGCCACGAACCAAUCGAAUAUUGUACUCUUCGAGGCCAGUGAUGCCGUGUCGUUCGAUGCAAGUAGCGGCCCUGCCGCUGUGGAAAGCUCGGGACGAUCGAUUGGUUCGGCUUUCGAUGAUCUCACGAUGUCCAUCAUCAACCACGCGAAAGCGAUCGUAAAUCAGACGGAAAAGCCCGCCGACCCGGCACAGGAAGAGCUGAGCGCUACGGAGCCAACCGUCGCACCCGCCGUUGCAAGUGGCAAAUCGAUCGAAAGCAACGAGAUCGCUCAUAAGGACGAGUACGAGCCGGAAACGACGGUUGAGGUGACGACGGCCGCGGCCGGUAGCACCAGCUCCCCAGUUACGGAAAGCACCGUCAGUGAAACGAUAGGCACCACCUUUGAGGAUGGCGUCGAAGGUGCUACUGCCGAUGAUUUUGGGGCAAGCCAAACGACAGUGGCUGUCGAUGUUGCUUAAAGUCUGUAGUCAUACAUUGAACGCACGAUGAUCAUGCCACGUUCAUGCAGAGCGGAAAAUGACCAUUCCCUCAAUUCCAUCCACUGAACCACUCAUCCAUUCCCCCGUACGACACGUUCAUCUGAAUCAUCCGAAUUGAUCUGCAUGUAGUUUUAAACGCUCUACUCCCACCGCGUGCUCACUGGGAGAUGUUAAAUUAUUCUAACAUUAAUAUAUUAUUUAUCAAAACUGUGACAAGACAGAGGCCAGGGAGGGCAGAAACGAACCAACAGCAUCCAUACGAAAGGUGUAUGGGUAUAGCAGGACAAAGUGAAUGCAAAAGCGAAGCCAAAACCAACAACGAACACACCCCCAAACCGAACGAUCCAACCGAAACGAACGGUACCCAGCUGGCCCGCUGAACGGAGCAGGAUGCGGGGACACAGCGUUCGAGUCGUAGGAUACAAUUUUGUUAUUUUGUUUUUGUCAAAAUAAAGAUAAUUAUAGUGUAAAGUGUAUAGAAGUGUGGA